UGAAAUCAUAGCGAGUGCGUUGGUGGUGUCGCUCCAAACUUUCCCACCACUUCACCCUCGUCUUCUCCGCCCCCUUCCUUUCUCCUCUCUUCUUCUCCACUGCUCCCACUCCAAUUGACGCCAUUCCUUUGUUCCCCCCUCCAACCAAUUUCUCCCUAGUCUAGCUUUCAACAAUGGCGUCCGCUUCCUCUUCACUUCUCACCAAGAUGCCGACGCCCUCCAACACCACCAUCUCCUUCUCCGCCUCCCUCUCGCCCGCCCUCCCCCUCUUCCAUUCGCAGUCCCACCUCCGCCGCCACCGGAGAACCGGCAAUGCGCUUAGGGUUCAGUCCAAGAUUCGGGAGAUCUUCAUGCCGGCGCUCAGCUCCACCAUGACCGAGGGCAAGAUCGUGUCCUGGAUUAAAUCCGAAGGCGACCUUCUCUCCAAGGGCGAGAGCGUCGUCGUCGUCGAGUCCGAUAAGGCCGAUAUGGAUGUCGAGACGUUUUACGACGGCAUCCUCGCCGCAAUUGUCGUUCCCGAAGGCGAAUCCGCUCCCGUCGGCGCCCCGAUCGGGCUCUUAGCCGAGACUGAAGAUGAAAUCGCUGAAGCUAAAGCCAAAGCUGCUAGCGCCGGUAGCUCUGCUCCUGCUCCCGCUGCAGCUGCCCCAGAUGUUUCCCCGAGUCCUCCUGCUGCUUCGGCUCCUCCGCCGCCGCGCCCCGCAGACGGGCCGAGGAAGACGGUGGCGACGCCUUUUGCUAAGAAAUUGGCUAAGCAGCACAAGGUGGAUAUUAGCAAGGUUGCUGGGACUGGGCCAUUCGGUAGGGUAACGCCUGGAGACAUCGAAGCUGCCGCCGGGAUUGUCUCUACUAAGCCAAAUGUAGCCGCCCCUGCCGUGGCUGCGCAGUCUGCUCCAAUUGCUGCUGCUGCUACUCCUAAAGCUGCAUCUGCUCCUUCAACCCCUGCAUUGCCAGGGUCUACAGUUGUACCCUUUACAACUAUGCAAGCCGCGGUUUCCAAGAACAUGCUGGAGAGUCUUUCCGUGCCCAGUUUCCGAGUCGGGUAUCCGAUCAUGACGGAUGCUCUUGAUGCCCUCUAUGAGAAGGUGAAACCGAAGGGUGUGACAAUGACUGCAUUGUUGGCAAAGGCUGCCGCGAUGGCACUUGCUCAGCACCCAGUUGUUAAUGCCAGCUGCAAAGACGGAAAGAGUUUUACUUACAACGGUAACAUUAACAUUGCUGUUGCAGUGGCAAUCAAUGGUGGGUUGAUAACUCCCGUCCUUCAGGAUGCUGAUAAGCUGGACCUUUAUCUAUUGUCCCAAAAAUGGAAAGAGCUAGUGGAGAAGGCCAGAGCCAAGCAACUUCAGCCCAAUGAGUACAAUUCAGGAACUUUUACUCUAUCCAAUUUGGGAAUGUUUGGAGUGGAUAGAUUUGAUGCUAUUCUUCCCCCUGGCCAAGGUGCUAUCAUGGCUGUUGGAGCCUCAAAGCCUACUGUAGUCGCUGAUAAGGAUGGGUUCUUCAGUGUGAAAAACAAAAUGCUGGUGAAUGUAACAGCUGAUCAUCGGAUUGUGUACGGUGCUGACUUGGCUGCCUUCCUCCAGACAUUCUCAAAGAUCAUUGAGAAUCCUGAAAGCCUCACUAUGUAGGAAAGCCGUAGCUGCUACGAGGGGAUAGGUUGGAUCAAUUCAAUCACCGGGCAAGAUAGAGUGUAUUCAAUUCGAUUUCCGUAAGCCUGAGGAAACCUGCUUCUUUCUUUUCUUCUUCUUUUCAUUCCCCAGUUUUCACUAAUUGUAAUAUAAUCAUUCAUUUUGCUUCUGAGCUGAAAAGGGUGUCGUUCCCUCAUCACAGAGUUUACUUAUGCUCUCGGCUAGUUGUGUUAAAGAUAAGAAUAAAAGUGCUCUUGCGAGUUCCAUAGACAGCCUAUUCA